AAUCGGUCUCCCGAUAUAUCGCGGCGUGCGUGUUGUUAUUGUCAGCUGAUCUAAGUUGACCAAGAUCUAUUUUGCUGAAAUAAAAUAUAACUUUUAUUAGGUAUUCGAAUACAAUAACCACAAUCAAGUAUAAAUAAUAGUCACCAAUGUGUUGUUUUCUUCAACAAAACAUCAAUAAUUACAGAGCAAGAGACAGCAGAGGACUGUUGUGAUUUUUAUAGGACACGUAAGAACCAUUUCCAAAAAGGAAGGAGUGAUUAAAAAUUCAGAUGGCCGGAGAUUCUAACAAUACCAACCAGCCUGCUAAAAAGUUUAAAAAGAUACCAAUUUACGUCGUUGAAGAGCACAAUGACGCUUUACAAUUUAUGUACUCUGCAAUUGGAGGGAAAAAGUUGCCUGUAGAAGGGACAACUUUAUUGCAUUUAGACGCUCAUCCGGAUAUGCUUAUAGAUCGUAAACUGCAGGGAGAAGACGCACGUUCGGGAAGGAAACUUUUGCCAUUACUGCAAAUAGAAAAUUGGAUUAUGCCAGCUGUGGCCGCUGGGCACUUAGGCCGAGUGUUGUGGCUGCGGCCUCCGUGGGCUAAACAAUUCACAGAUGGCUCCCGGGUCAUCCAAGUCGGAGAUGACGCCUCCACAGGCUUACUACGAGUCGAUUCUACAGAACCUUACUAUUUAUCCGACGGCUUGUACUCAUCUCAACUCACUAAUGCAAGAACAUUCGAUUUCACUGUAGCGGAAUUAGUAUCCGAUUCGCCUAAUAAUACUGAAAGAACUUUUCGAGAUCUCGCCAAUAAACUAAAUAUAUCCCAGCCUUAUGUUUUAGAUAUCGAUUUAGACUUUUUCAGCACUGCGAACCCGUUUCUGUUUUUGUAUAGACACAUUGACCUAUACGAUAAAUUGGAACCAAUAUUCACUUUUGAUAUACCAGAAGAGAGAAAUGAAGAAAAUAUUCUUAGGGUCACGAAAAAACGGGAGAAGCAAUUAGAUGAACUCGAAAGUUUAUUUCAGCAUCUUGAAGAGUACAACAGUUUAGAAGAUUACACUGGCGAAAAAAGUAGUACGUAUUACAAGGUAUUAGAUAUUGCAUCAGCCGUUCUAGCAGAAGCUGAGAGGCUAAACGAGCCUCCCGACUGGUGGGCGGUGUUCGCAGGAGGUUGCACAAGAGACCAAGGAGGCCUUCCACACCACAUCAGCUCUCAAGCUGAAAUUACUGACGAGAUUCUUAACGGGCUUCAUCCGCUCCUUAAAAUACUACCUCCUCCGGUGCUGAUUACUAUUGCACGAUCUACCGACGACGGAUACUGUCCCCCAGAUCAGGUGGAGUUUAUACAGCAGGCGGUACUUAUGAUGCUACAAGACGUUUACGAUACAGACGAGCCGUACAUGCAUUACUUAAAUGCAAACACAUUAUAGAAUUUCUAAUAUUUAUUUGUAUUAAUUGAUACGCCCACCUUACGUUCUCCGCAUUAAAAAAGAUUCGAGUAAGGAAACCUUUUUUUAAUUUGACCUUUUUAAAUAUGUAAUUAAAAAGGUCUAAUUCAGAAGUAUAUACUUAGAAUUUUUCUAAUUUGAAUUUAUGUAGGUAACAAUUUCCUAAGCAGUUGGAAAAGUUCUUUUAUAAUUUCAAUCUUUUCAUGGAUUUAAUUAACAGACUUGCUUAGAUAAAUUAAUUUAAUCUUUUAUACAUAAAAGAUCAAAUUAAAUUACCUAAGCAAUGCAAGUUACGUUUAGUUAUAAACAGUACUUUAGUUAAUAUGUACCAGAUGAACUAUAGUUACUGUUUAUAAUUAUGUAAAGGUAUAAUACAAAUCGAGAUUUUUUGUCGUUUACUUGGAAUCCGUAUAUUGACGUUUCCUUAUAUUUAAAGACCAUUGACCCAUAGUAUAAUAGGUUUAUAAUAUAAUGCCUGUAAACUCUUUUUUUUUUUUUCUCCCAGGCGGGGGAGCGGGUGAGAAAUCCUCAUGGAUACCCUACAGCCGGCUGCAAGGUUAUGUCAGACUCGUACUGACUAAAAAACACCCGUAGGGGCUGCCUCUGGCCGGGAAGGCCUCUAAGGCUUUAAUCGUUGAAUUUAUAGUACCUAAAUAAAUUCGAAAGUAACACCUACCACCACUGAACUGAUUUUGAUACAUUUUGGCUAAUACCAUCGGUACUGAUAAAGGGGACUUUGGAGAUUAACAUAGGUUAUCUAGGCGUACUUACUAGUAAAUUUUAAAGGAGUGAAAAGUUUUAUUUUUUUUAUAUUUAGCCUAGCCCCAAACUAAGCACUAUAAGGCUUGUGUUAUGGGAUACUAGGGGUAACGGAUAGAAUACAUAUACUGUACAUAUACAAACACAGUACAAAUGCUCGUAUUCAUCACACAAACAUCUGCCACCACCGGGAUUCGAACCCGGGACCUCUCGAGUCGGCGACACCAUGAAACCCGGCGUUCUAACCACUCGGCCACGGAGGUCGUCAAAUUGUGUAGUUUUCACAUACAAUCGUUGUAUGUGAAAACUACUAUUCUGCACGUUUACGUAAAAAUAGCAAAUAAAGCUCGCUCACAAUAACAAAGAAAUAAUCUGUAGAUGGUAAUAAAGACGCUUAGCGAAACUUUAAAGAGUACUCAGGUAUCGAAAUUGGUAUCAGCGUCGGGCUGUCUUCCUUUACCCUGAGCUAGGGUCGCCUCGCCAACCACAAUUUCAAAAAACAAGAUUUUAAAAACAAUUUAGGACGGCCCAAGAAACCCCGAAACCCAGGGCAUGCCCUGGGAAAACAAGACGGUUGGCAACCCUACCCUGAACCCUUACGCUGUUAUGAUAUCUUACUGCACCAAGCAAUACAGAUAAUAAAUAAAUCAAUAUUUCUUAUAUGUACCUCAGGUACAAAUGAUUGUAUUCAUCACAAAAACAUUUUCCCCUAUCGGGAUUCGAACCCAGGACCUCAGAGUAGUAAACCGGUGUAAAUAGCACUUCACUACACAGAUCAUUAUCAUAGGAUAAGAUGGGAGUAGGUAUGUUAUAUGUUACUUGGUUACCGUAUUUUGUAAAAUGGCGCUCCAGUUCGAACCGAAGAUACGUUAUGCCUCUUUCCGGGUCCACUAAGAUCCAUCAGAACAUCCACUGAUUGUUCUUCAUCAGGGUCGUCUUUAACCUAUUGGAGGCCCUGGGCAUAUUAGGAUAAUGGGGCCCCUAUGACUUUGAUGUGGAUUAUGACUUGAAAUGGAGCUAGUCAUUCUGAUAAGUGUACUACUGAUGAUUUUUCUUUAAAAUGUUUAUGUGCUUAGUAUACCAUAAACUAUCUAAGCAUGCUGAAGUCAGAAAGCCUAAUUUUUGGGCGAGAGUAGAAUAGCUUCGCUUAUGUAAAAGCUAGUAAGUUGGUAUUGUAGUCGGUCAUUAAGGAUCGAUUUCAUCGAAUUAUAUAAGUUUUUUGGUAAUAAAUAUUGUUUACCGUUUGGUGAUCUAACAGGAACUAGGGACUUUGUAUUUGAUCUGGGGGGGGGGGGGGGGGGGGCUAUCUAUCGCGGGGCCUUGAGUACUUGCCCUAAGUGCUCACUGGGAAAGAGGUGUCUGUUCUUCAUGCACAUUAAUGUCCAAUUUAAUACUCUGACCUUUCUCUGUGUAGACCUCCAGACUAAUUGAAAAAUAAGCGAGUCUUUUGAACUGAUUUAAUGACACAAAUGAUUUUUGCUGAGGACUAAAAAAGGUGGCGGCCGGCAUGGGGUAAAGGCUAAGCAUCUGGUCAGUGGCAGGUCAAUUGGCAAAUAAAUUGCUUGUACGACGCCCCCGCUACGAUUCACGUUCUUCACAAUAAUCACCUUGUUAUCAGAAUACCUACAAAGGAAAUUAAAUAUGACUAAAUUAUUAAAUAUUUCGCUGGAAUGCUAUAAUUUCUCAGAUUAUAAAAUCUGAGCUAUAAUUAAGUACAGCAGGUUAUUAAAUAAAUAAGAAAAACAUCCUGGUUUGUCUCACUAUCACAUAGGUUCUUACAAAAUAAGCAGGAAUGUCGGAGAUUAAUUAAUCUCUGUGACCUUCGCUUUUAUAGGUACCUACUGGACAUGGUAAUGGCUGAUAGUGGAAGACAUGGUCACUUGUAUGGUAUAUGCUCCAGACAAGCUUAUAUUCUUAGCAUAAUUACACUUUUAUUAUAAAAGAUCCUUUUGCAAAAGUUAUAUAAACUAAUGGGUUGUUUUUAUUGAAUGUCAGAACUUAAAAAUUAAAAAAAAAGACAGUAUCGUUUAUUCAGUCUAAGUUGUUACAAGCACUUAUGAGUGUCGAAAAGUUACUCCAUCGGUUCGCAAAUCUACAUCUUUUUUUCUCCCUGUUUUAUAUAGAGUUAUAAAUAAAUCAUAAAUUGAAAAUUACUUCAAUAUGAGAUAAAUCAUUAAGUCACUUUUCAUUACAGAUGUAAAUGAUAUAAAAUUAUGACUAUAAAAUAAAAAUACUUAGUUACAGUUUAAGAAUGCCGUGUCAUACUGUUUAGGCAUAAAAAUGAACGAUUAAAAGUAUCCAAUGAAGCAAAAGAAGACUUGUCUCUGCUGACAGCAGUCGUUCACGAGUAUGACGCAUAUUAUUAAAAGAUAUUAUGUUUCAAAGAGUAGUUAGGUUUUUAACAUAUGAAAAUGUGUUCAACAGUUGAAAAAAAAUAGAUUGCCCUAUGUCAUUCGUUGCAUUAGCCAGACAGGGCAGUAGGUACCCCUAGCACAAACCAUUAUCUCUUAUCUAGGUAUUAGACAAGUCCGUCCGUCCGUCCGUCCGUCUGUCUGUGGUGCUGUUUCAGCGACCAAACCGUAAGAGAUAGAUAAAGAGAAUGUUUAAGUUAUAAGUUAAGAAUAGUCUGAUAAGACUACAAACCGGAUUUGAGUAACGUAGCACUUCCGGUGUUCGAGAAAUCACGAAUUUCAAACGAAACCACACAAAAUCUCCGAAGUUCUCAAUUAAUUAAAUACAUUUUUUUUAAUUGGUGAACAUUUGGUUCACUGGUUUGCUAGUCGAAUUCUAAUAGUUUGCGAGUGCGAAAUGACAAUGUCAAAUUUUGUAUGAAAACUUGAACAGCAGCACCAGAAAGUACGUAACGAGAACUAAAAAUCAGUACACAUUAGAAAUGACGUUUCGGACUCGCAAACGUUACGAAUUCGAUACUGGUUCUUGCUAGUGGUACUGGGCUCGAGUCUGCACCUAUUGCUUUCCGGACGAUUUGUCUAUUAAGCAUAAGGCUUAUUGACUUUUCAUGGCAUUCUCCCUAAAAUAGUUCUUUUAUAGAAAUCUAGUAUUACCUUAAUGAUAAAAAAACGUGUAAAUGUUUUAUUAUUUAAUUAGUGAUAAAUCUCGUCCGCAACUCUGAAUUCAUUUAGUGUGAUUGUUAUUGUUAGAACCAUUGUGAUCACAAGCGCUAUCUACAUUUGAAGGCAGUAUGGCACACAGACCCGUCUUUCCCAUUGGGCACUUUGGGCAAGUGCCCAGGGCCCCGCGAUCGAUAGGGGGCUCCCUCAGAUCAAAUACAAAGUCCCUAGUUCCUGUUAAAUCACCAAACGGAAGUCAUAGGGGCCCCAUUAUUCUAAUAUGCCCAGGGCCUCCAAUAGGUCAAAGACGGCACUGAUGGCACACAAGAUUUUUACUAGAAUAAAUGCACUCGGUGCAGGUAUCAGACAGGAUGACACGAUGAUCUUUACAUUUUAUAAAUCUAGCAAGUUAAUUCUUAAAAUACCAACAUGUUAAACUCGGAGAUUUAUUAAAGUAAGAGAAUAAAAUAUAAAUAGGUGUUUUUAAUGUCUACGACAAAAAAUCUUAUUGGAAACUUUAAGAAAAACCUUAUAUUAAUGUAAUUCCUUGUACACUUAUAUGUCUAAUAAAUAAGCAUAAUAAAUCUCGAGCUUGUUAUAGUAAGUACGACAUAUAUACACCGAUAUGAUCAGACAAACAAUUUGGUCCUUCGAUUGGGGGCGAUUGGGGUCAAGUGAGCACCGAAGUGAGGACAUGCCUGCCAUCCAAACAUUACAUCAUGCUAUGGCUAGCCUGGAAAACUUGUACCAAUUAUAAUCAAUAGUGGCCCGCACUCGCUUCGCGUCGGUGUAGUGUUGUAGUGUAGUAUAUAGUUUUUGUUCUCAGGCUUGCAUUAAUACUUUCUUCAUAUAAUUAUAAACCUUCCGUAAAAAUUAGAUAUUAUUACUAAUAUCAUAAAUCUGGAGUUUGUUUUUUUUUGUUGAACCUGCUAAUCUCAGAGAAUACCUCUUGGUCUAAUUUCGAUUAUCGCGAACUUUUAUUUUAGAUGUUGAUGUCAUUUAGUACAUCACUUUGCUCUACUGUCAAUGACUUCCGCAGCGUAAGCGAUCUAUUUUUUUUUCACACCCUGGGUUACGUUAUCGAAGUUUUCAUACGGAACCUUAACUUUUUUGAAAAUACUCUAUAGCCUAUGUUCAUCAGGGAUAAUGUACACAUGAAAUAUUUUUUCAAAUCAGUCCAGUAUUUUAGGAGCCUAUUCAAUACAAACGAACAAAUCUUUCCUCUUUAUAAUAUUAGUAACCAAUAAAAAACUUGGUUAGGUACUUACAUACUUACCGUACUCCUAGUAUUCAAUGCGUCUGUAUAUCCUUACAUUAAUUGAGAUUUUAAUACUAGUUUAUAUGAUGACCUCCGUGUUGGAGUGGUUUCUAUGUACACAAGGCUUGCCAGGUGCCAGCUUGCGGAAAUCCGGGAUCAUCCCGGAAUUUUGCGUCUCGUCCCGUGUCCGUUAACAGUUUUUUUCACAAUAUUACUAUACUUAGCAUAGAUAAACAUUUACGUUCAAGGACGUAUUUGGGAUUGGGCUGUGAGGACCCUAGAAUUCUUAAAACAAAAUAUAAUUCAGUAACGAAUGCCUAUCUAUGGUUUCUGCCGACCCUCACAGCUCUUACAGCCUUUCCUCGCAGACUGCCGCACCAGGUCAUGGCCCCCCCUUUUGACCUCAACAACCACAACAACAACAAACAACAACCUCGGGACUAUUCAGUAGCUCACAUUAAACUUACGGUUUCGACGAGAUCAUCAUCAUGGCCAUUGUUGAUAUUUUUAGCUGUCCUAGACGUUCGACCCUAUAUAAAGGGCUCAGGUAUGGUGGGAGUACUUCACAAGGUGCAAGGUUGCCACCUUAUGUGAUAUAUUGUUUGACUUUCAAUAUCUGCACUGGAAAGCUAGUGACUGGCGCAUUCUGUUUUUCUUUGACUCCCGGUAAAUAAUACCUUUGAUGCUUCGCUGACUCCUUAAGUAAUAUGGUGAAAAACCAAUGUACCUAUCUUUUUAUAUGCAAGUAUCGUACGAAUUCUCUACUAUGUAUAAAAACCAUAGAGACAGAACAGAAAUCACAAAAUAGCAAAAAUUCUCUGAUAAAAACAUACAUGGUACAAGUACCUAUGGUAUGUUUGUUUUGUAUUACGUAGGUAGUGUGAUUAUAAAACUGAGGGCUUAUUAUUCACUCAGUUCAAAUUAAUUACUUUGUCCUUUUCUCGUAUCAUUCUAUAUAAAUAAGAAAUAUAGAUAGAGCCUUUUAAGCGGCGACAUGUACAGUUAGUUCAACUGUUGUUCAUUGAUGGUCUCAUAUCAUAUCUAGGGAACGUCAAAGCAGAUAACGCUCUCUACUUAACAGUGCGGGUUAUUUACAUCAUUUGGAUGGGUCUCAGUAAAUACAUAUAAACGCGGCAGGGCGAUAAAAAAACUUGCUUUCAUUGAUAAAUGGUGCUUGCGUAAACAUUUAUUUUUCAUAGCGCGUUGAUAAGCUAUGAUGGCACAUGAACGCACAAAAAUGUUGUUUGUGAAAUGUGAACCUUUGUUUUUUAUUCCAUCCAAUGAAAAAUACGAGCUAAGCCAAUGUAGUUUAUUAAAGUAUAAGAAAAGCUUUUUAUAACACAGCAUUCUAACUAAUUAUUUUUCAAAAUAUCUGUAAUGUUGAUUGAGUGGGUGUACUUAGAUACUUAUUUGGGGAUUUAAUAUCGUUGACUUAUUUAUUUUAUUAUUAAAAAUGGAGAUGGUAAUGUUUAUUUUUUAACAAAGUAAUUAAGAAUUGUGAGGACUUAUAUAUAUUCCUGAGUUUUACUACUACCUAUAAUGUUUUAUAGUGAUUAUACGUCAUUGACUACUACAAUUUUAUUGGGAGCCAAAAAUAACCAAGUAGCCGCAUACGUGCUACGAAAUUUCUGGUCUUUUAUCAGGAAUCAAUCAGCUGUUCUCUUCUCAGACGAGACUAGUGUACUGACUUUUUUGCAAUGAUAAACGCAAAAGAGUGUAUAUGUCGCAGUCUGAUAGUUAAAUCCGUAAUAUAUACCGACGCCGACGUCUGAUACGGUGUGGUUACUUUUAAUGUGUGGCUCACAUAUAAAAAAUAGAAAAGUGAAUCAAAAAUAAAAUGUUAUUUGAUAUCCAUUUAGAAGAUGCACAUUUUGUAUUAACAGAUUAUUUUUUAUCAAAACCAAUACAUUUAUCGCUUCUAAAAUUUAAAGACGAUAAACUUUGCCUUUUAGACUAUGUCAUUUGGACAAAUAUUUAAAAAGUUACAACUAUGCCAAAGUUAUAGUGCGGGAUAGCCUGCGGGAAUAGUGGAAGAAGAAAUUUAAUUGAAUUUUGGUGAUUAUAAACGUAGAUAAAACCUAGGAGGAAAAGAAAAAUAUGGUCUACUCGCAGUACGCAAUCCUAUACGAAGUACUUACAAUAAAACUGUGAUGAAGUUCCUUCUUAUUAAAUGAUGAUAAAUAAAUUAUCAUAAUAGGUAUUUAUGAUUAUUAAAAUUUAAUGAAAUACUCAGAAAUAUACUCUUUACAAAGUUUAUUUUAACAAUGAACAAAUAACUAAAAGAGUUACUUAACAUUAUGAGAAGUAACCUAUUAUUCGCUAGUAGGUAGGUACAUACUUAAUGGACUCCCCGACUUUAUUAAUCAGCUCGCGAUCGUUUAUAUUUACAAAAACAACAUUGGUUUUGUAAAUAUAAACGAUAACUCUUAAAAAUUUAGAAGCAAAUAAUAUAAAUUUGUAGGUAAAUCACCCCUUCCAUCACCCUGCCUCAAUAAGUAUUUUGAUAAUGUAGCUUAGAACCAAGGUCCCAUCUAUUUCUAUAUUGAAAUUCAUCAUAACAAAUUUAUAAAUACGCGCAAAAACUACCUCCCCACCUGUGAAAAUCAAGAUGGCGCCUCGAUCCCACGAGGCACGUGCUCUGCUCUGAUUGGACGCGACAUAAAAUGAUUUAUAGGCGACUUUUAAUAAAUUGCUAAGUUACUGAACAAUACAAAAAUUGUAAUUAAUUGUCAUGUAUAUAUUUUCAUUCAUAUUUUUCGGGCCAUCUUUAGCGUCCAGCUUCCCAAGAUAGCCCAAUACCAAGUUUCUAAAAAGUGUUUACAUUUGUGUUAAAAUGCCAAAAGCUGUACUACUUUUUUAGAUAUCUGGUUUCUCAAAUAAAUAUAUUGCAACUUCCAUUAUGUUGUUUCUUUACUUUAAUUAUCUGUAAAAUUUUACGAGGUUUUGAAAUUAAGUGGGCCUUCAUUGGUGCCUGUACCUUAUACAAAUUACACGGGAACUAUUAGAGAUAAGAAAAACAUAUCAUUUUUUUCGUAAGUACAGUUUUAAAGACAUUAAUGUAAACAUAUAAUAUUAAGUGAUUACUUAUUUUGGCAGUUGCAGUAGUUGACAUGUGGGGGUAAAGAGCGAGAUGUAAUCUGCUUCAAGAAUGAGAGUGAAAGAGACUACUUUAGUGAAAGCGAGCUUGGGACAGCGAUUACUAAUGUUUCAUGCGGGUGUGUUUGUGUAGUGUGUAUGACAAAACAGCCGCGGACGAUACCACCUGAAAAAUCUGACUGCCCCCCCCCCCCCCACCCUAGGCCAGAAGCUGGGUACGCCCAUGUACCACAGAGUCUACGUGUGCCACAACACAUUCCACACUGGCGACGUUGGCCUACUCGACUUUUUGAACAUCUUAGUUGGGUAGGAGAUGACGCGCAGGAGCGAUUUCCCAAUGCAGAAUCGAUGUUUUUGGGAGGCUUCAAUGCUCACCACAGUUUGUGGUUAGGUCCCUCAAAAACUGACCAUGCAUGCAGUGAUCUAUGCUCACGCAUUCGCUCUGACGCAUGACUUGAAGCAACUGGUUGAUCCGCCCACCAGAAUUCUAAAUAUUCCAAGUUAAUCGCCUUCUGUGCUCGACCUUCUGCUCGCGACUCAUGCACAGGGCUAUCAGGUUGUGGUCAAAGCCCCACUAGGCUCGUCGGAUCACUGCUUGAUAUCUGCCAAAGCACCACGGGCCAAGCCUCCGCGUCCAGCAGAGGUCAAACGCCAGAUCUGGCGCUAUAGGUUGGCAGAUUGGGACGGUAUGACUACUUUGCGUCCGUCUGAUUAUAUAUCCUGGGGUCGAUUCACUAAAAGUACAUACAUUACUUUCCUGCAAGAAGGCUUACAUAAGAGCGGCGCGGCUCCCGGGGCCCGGCCCCUGCCCAGCGCUGACUAACUGAUAACGUUAUUGGCAUUUGGCGAAUGCUGUGCAGAACAACUUCUGCCAGCCCCC